UAUUUAAUUAUUAAAUUCAGAUUUUGAGUUGAAAUUGAAUUUAAAUAAAGGAAGUGCAUGUCGAUUGAUUCGAAGCGAGUUUCGAUAUCGAGUCUCGAUCGCGUACCGCUACUGUCAUGUACACUUCCGGUAUUGUGUUUGACGUUUCUGUCCUGUCUGUGCUUUAUUAUAAUAAUUAUUGAUACUGAGAGAUUACAAACAUCCGAUAUACCAGCGUAAGGAUUUAAUUAAGGGAAUCAUGCUUGUCUUGGUGCUGGGUGACUUACACAUUCCACACAGAUGUAGCAGCCUUCCGAGUAAAUUCAAGAAGCUGUUGGUGCCAGGUAGAAUACAACAUAUUUUGUGUACAGGAAACCUUUGUACAAAGGAAUCCUACGACUAUCUCAAAACGCUAGCUAGCGAUGUGCACGUAGUCAGAGGAGAUUUCGACGAGAACUUGAAUUAUCCAGAACAGAAAGUGGUCACUGUGGGCCAGUUCAGAAUAGGACUUUCCCAUGGGCACCAGGUAGUACCAUGGGGUGAUCCUGAAUCCUUAGCAUUGAUACAGAGGCAGUUGGAUGUCGACAUUCUCAUAUCCGGACACACGCAUAAGUUCGAAGCGUAUGAGCACGAAAAUAAGUUCUACAUCAAUCCUGGAUCAGCUACUGGAGCUUACAAUCCCUUGGACACAUCUGUUAUACCAUCGUUCGUGCUGAUGGAUAUUCAAAGCUCAACAGUGGUCACUUACGUGUAUCAAUUGGUCGGUGACGAAGUCAAAGUCGAAAGAAUCGAGUACAAGAAGAGUUAGAGCUGGAGUCCCUCAUGAUAUGGACGUCUAUCUAUGGAUCAUGCACGUAAAUCAACACAAGUGCAACCGCGUGUUUACGAACAUUUAAUAUCUAGACGGCAAUCCGCAUUGGAUCAAUUUAUGAAUUAGCAUUUAAACAUAAAAUGCAUAUAAUUAUUGCGUUGUAAAUAAAAUGAUAUUCGUAUCGUGUAUCAAGUAAGUUCUCUCACGAAUGUAAAAAUGAGUUAAUAGAAAUAAUAAUGU